AUGACAAUCAAAAAUCGAAUUGGACACGUGCUGCAAAAAAAGACGAAGAAAAAUUAUCAAUAUCAACAACAAUAUCCAGCAUUUGAUAUACCAACAUCACUUUAUCAAAUUAUACAUGUAAACAAACAUACAACAACUGAAACAAUGGAAAAAUUAAUUAAUGAUGCACGAAAUUGUAAUGAAUUUACAUUUGAUACUGAAGGUGAAAAAUCAACCAAACAGUUAACAUUAAUUCAAAUUCAAACAAUACCUCAACAAUUACCAUUUUUUGUUAUAUUAGUAGAACUUGCACAUUUACCACCAAUUCAUUCAUUAAUUCAUUUACAAAUUAAAUAA